UGGUAUUCCCGCUGCCGUGUUAGAAUACCGGGCCGCUCGGCUCUUCUGUGCAGCAGAACCUGCUCCUCGGCUGCACUUUGUCUGCAGUCUCCGGUCAUCUCCUGUAUCGUGUCCGCAGUCUCUUCGGUCAUCUCCUGUACCGUGUCCGCAGUCUCUGGUCAUCUCCUGUACUGUGUCCGCAGUCUCUGGUCAUCUCUGUACUGUGUCCGCAGUCUCUGGUCAUCUCCUCUACUGUGUCCGCAGUCUCUGGUCAUCUCCUCUACUGUGUCCGCAGUCUCCGGUCAUCUCCUCUACUGUGUCCGCAGUCUCUGGUAUCUCCUCUACUGUGUCCGCAGUCUCUGGUCAUCUCCUCUACUGUGUCCAGUCUCUGGUCACUCCUCUAACUGUAUCCGCAGUCUCCGGUCAUCUCCUCUACUGUGUCCGCAGUCCGGUCAUCUCCUGUACUGUGUCCGCAGUCUCUGGUCAUCUCCUGUACUGUGUCCGCAGUCUCUGGUCAUCUCCUGUACCGUGUCCGCCGUC